CUCCGUCGCUGCGACGUGAGGGGUACGCCUGCGCGACGCUCGAGCCCCAGGCGUUCGUCCGUUGGUUGCUCCCUCGAGCUGGGAGAAAACCGCCGGCUACCCUCUGGUUAAAUGUGUUCCGUUGAUAAUAACACAACCUGCAACCUGGCAGAAAGCACCGAAUUUCUCCCUGCGGGGUCACUCUCCGCCCAACCUCUGUUGAAGGGUCAUGAGGACUCGAAACGUCAACUGUACUCUUUUCCACUGAUGCUGCCAGAUCUGCUGAGUUUUUCCAGAUGACAGUAGCAACUAGGUGUGAUGUGCUUGGUCUUUAUCGAAGGAUCUUCAGAAUAGCAAGAACAUGGCAGUCACUAUCAGGCCUAACAGAUGACACUUUGAAAGAAAAGGACUACAUCAUCACAGAGGCCAGAGCAUUGUUCAGAAAAAACAGAAAUUUAACAGAUGUAGAAGCAAUUAAAAUCUGUAUACAGGAAUGCCAAACAAGGAUAGAAAUGGGACUACAUUACAGAAUUCCUUAUCCUAGACCAAUGCAUUUACCUCCUAUGGGACUUGCUGAUAAAAAGGGACGCAAGUUUAGAAUGCAAGAAAGGCUGAGGAAAAUGGCCAAACCAGUGUAUCUACAAUCACAUGAGGAAAUGUAAUGGUGACUGGAGUCAACAACUUAAACUAUUUUCUUUGUUCACGUGAAUAUGAUUUGUUAUUGAAGUGGUUUACAUUGUACUUUAUUUCUAGAAGUAAAAUUUCUGUAAUGAAAAGAGAACAGCAUCCAGCAAACUGUUUGAAUUAGAAAGUUCAUAAAAUAAUUAUGUUGUGGGAUUACCCUGGAACAGAAUUAUUUUGAACAUAGUUUAUCGAAGAUUGAGGAAUACUUUCAAUACUGAAACAUUUUAAAAAUGGAGCAAACAACAAGGUCCUGUGCUAUACUAUGGGCUUUGCCUUCUGGGCCUAUUGUGCUCCUGUUGCAUGCAAGUAGUAUAAUGCAGUGGGAAAAUGCAUAUGGUACUGAGGAUUUGCACAUUGUUCGUAGGUCAACCUUUUUAAGACUCUGUAUUUAGUGCAAAAUAUACUUUUAAAAGUGCAGAUAGCAAAACAAUGUAGUAUUUGCCUGACUUUGUUUUUCUUUCUUUCAUUGUCUAAUUUUUAUUCAUUCUUAGGAAAUGAGCAUCAUUGGUAAUGUCAGCAUUUAUUUCCAUCCCUAGUUGCCUUUCGGAAAGUGGUGGUGGCCUUCAGCUUGAAUGGUUGCAGUCUGACUGAUCACGGUGCAUCCACAAUGCUGAAGGCCUCGGAGCACUACCAGCAGCAGUCACUGGUCCCAGUGGCGCUGCCAGCAAUGGAGAGCUGCCCAGAUAAGUGCUUGAUUGCAAUUAAAUGGUGUUGGGCCUCCUGGAGAGAAGCAACACAGGGCUCCCACUGGUUCUUCAACUGGUGGGGGCCCCCAUUGCACAAACUAAAUCCGCCCAAUUCAUUGUUUUGCCCUUCAGAUUUUUAUUACACAUCCAUCUUUUACUCAUGAUUUUUGUCAAACAUUAAUCAUUUAAAUAUUUUAUCAAUGACAAAUCAUCAUUGUUUUGCAUCUCAGAAUAAAUGAACAGUGUGCAAAAAAUGCUUUUUAACAAAAUUAUUUACUUCUACUUCCCAAUUUCCAAGGUGAAUAUACAUAAUCACUUUUCAUAUUUGGAUAUUCAAAGAUUAGCAAGACAUUUUAGUCAUCCAACUGACAAAGAGCUGCCACACCACGAUUUAUCCAGUGCUGUUCUGGUUUAUUUGAUGAAAGCUCUAUUGAAAGAACAUAAUUUGUUGAGUGACCAGUUGUGGAUAAGGUACCUCUGCGAGCACUAGUUUUAUAGACUGGACAGUAAUAGAUCUUUAGAUGUAGAAAUUUUGCACUGAUUCCUGGUUUAAGCCAGAUAAUGGGCAGAGAAUCAAACAAAAUUUUGGGAAAUGACUCCCCAAUAACCAUUUCUUUUCUAUCCCAACGUGCACCUUCCAAAAACAGACCCUUAAUAUAGGCUCCAUCUCUUGGUUUUACCUCCAUAUCAGUUUCUUCUUUCAUGACCUAGAAAAUUUAAGAGAAACAAGUCUGGGGUAAUAUACUUCUGUAAGAGCAAACCGUUUUGGCUACAUGCUAAGAACAACAAUCUUAUGUAAGAAUAGGAAAACUUUAGAGCAAAGAAAAACACGUGUACUGAACACUUUAAUUUAAAAACAUGUUUUGAAUAAGGAUGCAGGUAUUAAAUGUAAGCAUGCUAUCAGAACUGCAAAUGAUCAAAUAUCCUGUUCAUAUUCUAAGCUCAUAAUGGAAAGGGGCUCCAGCAGAAACAUACUCAAGCAAGGAGAAAUCUCCUUGGAGAAAUGGAUUAAGGGGAAAAGUCCAGCAAGGAAUGGGAGGGGAAAAACCUGAACAAGUAGAAUACCUUUCUUACCUCAAAUUCAAAUCCGAUGUGAUCAAUUGGUAUGGUAUAUUUUCUUGCAUAAUUCUGAGACACACCAGUCAAAAAAGAUUGAGUAAAAUAGAAUCCAGAUAACCAAAAUACACUGGGUGGUCCUUUACUGAUCCAUUCCUAGAGACAAAAGACAUUUAACAAAAUGGCACUAUUGUUACAUUUAUGUCAAAUAACAAAAUGAGGCAUUUCCUCAAAUAAUGUUUUACUACCCUACAUGUUCUUAUGUACAUGCACAAUGGAAACAUCCUAUCCUUGAUUUUUACAUUUCACUGGUUCAGCAUAUUGAUCUACAUUUCAUGGAGAAAGUCUAACCCAUUGAUACUUAUUUCUUUAAAACAAUGUUUUUCUUUUAAAUGGUGCAUUCUGCAAAACUGAAAUUGUAUUAUAAGAAUUUCUCUCAUUUACCCAGGCUGUUUCAGCAAUAUAUUAAUUCAGUUUCUUGUACUUAAUCCCAGUGAUUAUUCCAAUACAGUUCCAUUAGUGUUAUUACCGUUUACUGCCCAAACAAAUUUAUUCAAAACACUAACAUAUAUAAAAUAUAAACUAAUUUAACUUUAUUUGACAUUUUUUAAAAAGAGCCUUGAGUGUAAUUCCCUCUAUUCCUAUUCCUGCCACAAGUUCCCAUUGAUUGUGGAAAUCCAUGAUAAUUCAGGUUGAAAUGGGGUUAGUUUAUGAUCUUGGCUUUUUUUCUCACCCCCAGAAUAAAACAAAAUACACAAUGGAUAAAAAGUAGCCAUUUAUGAUAUCUUAAUUGUGUAUCUUAUAAAUCCUCAUAACAAGUCUUGAUCUGGUUCUUAGAUUCAAUAUUCAAUAUUCUAUGCAAAGGAUUUGUUUGCAUAGCAAGGCAGUAAAACUAUAUUCUAGUUAUGUUGACAUUAUGUUUGAGGCAUCAAAUUUGGCAAAUUAUAUCUGCAUACAUUUUAGAGUAGAUUAUACAUUUAUAUUAAAAUAUACCAGUAUAUAGAUAAUUUUUGUUAAUGGAUUUGUAUUUACGAUGGCAUUUUCUCUUCAGAUUGGCUAUAAUAAUUGUUUUAUAUUGCUAGCUAUCUCAUCUCAAUAUGAAGAUAGAGGUCCUUAAUUCAAGUGAGACAUUCUGCUAUAGUUUUAAGUAAAUAUAUAGUACCUGGAAGAAAUGUAACCUUGUAAGAAGGUCUACCACAUAACUGCCAAGGGGUUUCAGAGAUGGGUAGGAUUUGGCUGCCCACAUAGCUGGAACUUUGCCCACCAGCAUACUGUCAAACACAUUCUCCAGCUCAGCAGACAUUAACACAAGACCUUUAAUAGCUUUGCGUAUGUUUAUAAGACUGCUAUGUACAACUUGGGUGAGUCUGAAAGAGAAGAUACUGCAGUAGGUAAAAUGUUUUGUAUUCUCAUUAAACCCUUCAAGACAGAAUUUUCUAAAUUUCUUAACAUCCAUUUCAGAAGUUGCAUCUUGCCACCCUUGGUGAUUCCCAGGAAAUACCUGGACAAAUUGUAGAGAGUAAAGGCAUGGUAUAAUGUAUCCUGUCCCCAUUAUACUUUCCUUUGUGCCUGAUGAACAGCAUUCCUCAGACUGACAGAAGAAAAAUCAAUCUUUCAGUGUCAGUGUUUUCAUUCCUUUGGUGACUGGUGCAAACUUUCCCUGAAGGUACUCCCAUCAACCAGCACAGCUAAGGACUGUUAAUAGUACAAUGAUUACAGACAAAUUCAAUAGCAUGCAGUUACAAAACCACCUUUUUCAUCAAUUAUGUCCCAAUAUUUAGAUCAACAGAAGAACAACACAUGGGGCUGGAUUUAAUAGAAGUGACAGGAAUUUCAUCUUCUAGCUAGACAGCUGGCAAGAGCCCCACACCACCUCUUUUCGGGAAGGUCCACCACAUCUUGCCACUUAGGCACUUAACAGGACAGUGGCGGGCGUUCCCUGGGAUCAAGGGCCCCAGGGGCAGAAGUCCCACCCAACAAGGCCAGCAGCUCUAUUGAACAGUAGUGCUACUGAGGAGACAGUGGCUGCUGCUGAUAUGACACCCACAUGAAGCCCAGGAUCAAUAUCGACCCAUAAGUUGGCAUUAAUUGGCAGUGAGUUGGGAAGGCUGUCCACUACCCUUCCCACCAGACUUAAUCAAGGUAGAGAGAAAGUGGCAAGUUUCUCACCCAGCAACCACCCCCCUCCCCCAACCACAAAACUCUCCACGGGGCAGGGCAUUAAAUUCUAUUCAUGUUUACAGCUCAGCAGUUUACCCCAGAAAUGUCGCCAAGAUGUUUUUGGAAAUUUAUUUUUUCCAUUCUCAUCCCUAAUGUAUACAUUUCCCUUUUUUGCACUUAUUUUGCAAUCACGUCACCAUUAGAUCUGUUCUCAAUAAUUGUCCCAUUGGUCUUUUCUGUUUAUUUACAUUGCAAUAAUCAACUAGAUCUAAGAGUUAAAUUUAACCCUACCCAGGCAGUAAAAACCACUCAGGUGAACAGUUAAAACAUAGCAGGCUAGUUACCCAUUUGGACCACCACAUUCCUGCAGCCUGUAAUCUUAACCUGUAGAUUUCAGCAGGCAGUUGAUGUGCUCAUCCAAAGUAGGAAGAGGACUCGUAUAUUCAGAUCAGGGUCCUAUUUCACCAAUAGGCUCAUAGUUGCAGUUAAAUCCAGCCUUACGUGGCCAGCUGCUGUGGGUUUUACACUAUGUGAAAGCAGGUCACCAUCUAUCAGGUAGGUUAAAGAGCCCCAAAAGGUAAAUCAGAAACCUUUUUAUGGAGCCAAGAGGAAGCAAGAGUGCUCCUCUGGGCCUCACAAGGAUGGUCAUAUCCUUCCCUGUUCUAGAACACACCCUCUGAAAUUCCUGCGCAGUCACAAACCUGCAAUUGCGUGGUCGGCCGAGACUGGCCGACCUGUCUUAGUCGGCUGAGGCUGGCCAGUCUUCGACAGCUGAAAGCUACCCUCUGGUCUCUGCACUCUACUCCCAGGCAGCAUCUAAAAUCAUUAAUGGCCUGCUGCUGUCACUGGUGGCUGGGAAAUUAUCCCGCUGGAGUGGUUUCUCACUCCAAUAAAAUUCCCCAAAUACCAGCCUUUAUUGUAAACAGCUCAAAUGUCAUUUUCUAACUGGUAUGUUUGUUUAACGUUUACUCACACUCAGACUUUAUAUAAAUGUGUUAUGUUGAGAAGAAAUAAAGGAUGGAUUUGAAUCAAAAUUCAACAGAAUCUCCGAAACUUGCUCAGUUGGUGAGGAUAUUUCACUCAUGAGUAAAAAAAAAUCACCAGCUUGAUAUGCUUUAAUUGCAGCAUUAAGUUUUCAGAUAAAACCUUUGUUCCAAAUGCCAUUAUAUUUUUGUUGCACACCUGUUGAAUCUAAUAAGUUCUUGUCUGAGUACUGUAUUCAUGGACUCCUCAUAAACUACUGGAUAUUUCUUCAUCACUUCUUCCAAAUCAAAGUCAUCAGGUAGUUUGGACAUAAUGUCUGCAGCAAGGUCUUCAACAACUUCCUGAAAUUAUGUAGAUUCAUUAGAAGAUUUAAAACAUUUCAAUAAAAGUAUAACAAGUCAUUAGCAGAUUUUUGGUAUUAAAUCUUUUGGAAAUGUAAAUAAGACCAUAAGAUGUAGCAGCAGAAGUAGGCCAUUCAGCCCAUUCAUUGAGAUCAUGGCUGAUCUGAUAAUCCCCAACUCCACUUUCCUGCCUUUUCCCUAUAACCCUUGAAUCCCUUACUCAUUAAAAUUUCAAUCAUUUGUUCAAAUAUUUUUAGUUUGCCUAAUGUACCCCAAAACAAAUAUUGAUAAUAAAGCUAUUUGAUUGUUAAUAUACUUCUUGUAAUCAAUAAUACUGUAAUGAGUCAAAAAACUAAACAAAGAACAAACUUGCAUUAAUAAGUGCCUUUUGUGAGAUCAGGACAUCCCAAGGUGCUUGACAGACAAGAACUAUUUUUGUACCAUUAAUCAUAACAGAAAUUGUAGACAUUAUUUUGAUUUCACUUUAUUUUUCUGUAAUAAACUUUAUUCUGUUUCUAA